CUCUUUCUUACCCCUCUCUCUCCAUGCAGAUUACCUGUGUGAUCCAGAUGCCAAUAUUUUCAGUAUAGAUUUCACUCGGUUCAAGAUCAGAGAUAUGGAAACAGGGACUAUUCUAUUUGAGAUUGCCAAGCCACCACCAUCAGAGAAUGAUGAUGAUGUAGAACCAGAACCAGAGGAUGUUGAUCCCAAUGCUGGACGAUUUGUACGCUAUCAGUUCACACCACAGUUUCUCAAGCUGAAGACGAUUGGUGCAACGGUAGAGUUUGUGGUAGGUGAUAAACCAAUCAGUAACUUCCGGAUGAUUGAGAGACAUUACUUCAGAGAUAGAUUGCUCAAGAGCUUUGACUUUAACUUUGGCUUCAUUAUCCCAGAUAGCAAGAAUACCUGUGAACAUAUAUAUGAGUUCCCUCAAUUAUCUACAGAUGAAGUUCAUGAAAUGGUAGAGAAUCCAUUUGAGACCAAGUCCGACAGCUUCUACUUCGUUGACAACAGGCUGAUUAUGCACAACAAAGCCGACUAUGCUUACAACGGAGGCAUCGGGGCCAUGUGAUCUUACACCUUUCUACCUUGUGUCUUCAUCCCUUCUCAUGUGUCAAUAGCUGUACAGAAAUCUAGGAGCCAUGUGAAAAUGGGGUCACCAGUCUAUGUCACUUUCAGUCACUUCACAGAUGAAACGGUUACCAAUCUACCACUCUCCUUGGCAGAAUGUCCUCUUGUCUCAUGUGUACUAGCUAUAUAGAAGGUUGUAAGAGUCGUGCAUUAUCGCGAGUCACCAGUCUGUCACCAAUCACAUCACUGUUGACGAUUCACAGUUCUGCAUGGCAGAUGUUCAUAUCAUCUCAUUGGUCACUAGCUGAAUAGAUUAAUCAAAAUGUUAUUUUAAAGAAGGAUCACCAGACGAAUUAUCUAUCGAUUCACAAUCGCAUUUGUUACCAAUUUAUAUCAUCUUAUUGAUCAGUAACUGCAUAGAUGAUUACAAGAGCCAUGUAAAAAUUGGAUCUCCAGUCUACCCCUAAUUAUUUAACACUUGAAAUACCUGUCAAAAUGUUCUAAUGAAUGUUCUCUCUUCUCUAGUGAUGCCUAUACAGAUGAUCAUAAGAGUUUUAUGAAGAAAUGGUCACCGGUCGUAUUCUAGUUGCAAAUCCUUCUAUCUUUCAAACAAUGCUCUUCUCAUGUGUGAAAAGCUGUACAGUUUGAAAUGAGAACUCCCACAAGAUUUGGUCACCAUUCAAUGACAAUUUCAGCAUUUUCUACCAGGUUUUGCAUUGUACAUAAAAAUAAAGAAGGGAAAUUAAUCAAUAUAUAUAUAUCAAACUUUACAAUUUAUCGUAUUCAUUGACUCCCACCAGAAAAAAAUUUACCUCAUGGGGAAAAAUGAAUUUUCUUUCCCUCAUAUAAAAUUACCUUGUUUAUUCCGAGUUUAAAUGAAUACCCACAUUUUAGAUUUGAUCAUAGAUCAUAUUUUUUUUAAAAUCAAAAUAUUUCAUUGAAACUUGUAUGAUAUUGUAGAUAAAUAUGAGCUUUUUUCGGAUUUUGGUAUUCACUUCCAUUAGUCUUCACAGGCUUUUACAUCUGAGAGGGGAUAUAAAGCACGGUUUACUUUGCACAAUCUGUAUAGCUAUUGAUGUACAGACUGCACACAUCUACAUUUGUGUCCACAAGCUUUUAAUCAUUAGAAAUGUAGUGAGAGAAUUCUUUUAGAAAAAAUUAUGAUUUUCUCCAAUCUGGGCUCCGUAUCACAAAGAUCAGCGAUCAAUCGCUAAAUGGACCGACCCAUCAAGAUCAGUUUUACACCCGUAUUUGGCUGAAAUACUGACCAGGAACCAAUCAGAAGUGUUCUUUCAUAUUUACUUUUCAUCACUAAGCUGUGUGUGACGGGCCCAGGCCCUGUAACACAAAGCUUAGUGAUCGAUCGUACAAUUUGUUUGUUUGAGUGUUAAGAGUGAUCACUGCAGUUAAUCAUUAAAUAUCAAUACUGUGCUUUGGGGCCCUGGUAUUAACUGCUAUGACUCCUUUACAUGCAAUCAUUAUACUUUUGAUAAAAAUGACUCGAGGCAAAUUGAAGACUGUAUCUAACGAUAUAUUCCCUUUAUUGACAAUGACUGGAAUGAGCCGUUAAGUGUGUCCCGUAUUUUCAUCAUGGCCUAGUCAUCUGAUGUGUAAUAGAGAAUAUAUUUUCAUGAUUGCAACGUACUAUUGACAAGUUGAUAGAAGGAAGGAUUAUUGGAAGAUAGAUUUACAGUACUGUUUUGAUAGACCAAUCGUCCAUAUUUUUCCUCUCUUAUUUCAACAAAUACCCUUUUUUUGUUUAAUUUGAACAUAAUUGAUUUUCAAAGUGUGUAUAAAAUUUUGAUUUUUUUUCUUCUUGAAAUCUUAGGAAAUUUAGUGUAUUCUUUUGUAAAUAGAGAAAUCUGAUAUUAUAUUGGGAAGAGUGGGAGAUUGUUUUAAUAGAGUUUUUUUUUCACAUUUACUUGUAUAUGUACUUAGAGAUUUAGAGAUUUCAUAGAAUAUUCCAAUGAAAUUCAACCAUUAUCAUUCCGGGAUUUAAGAGUAUAUAUAUAUAAAAAAAAACUGGACCAAUUAUAUGUUAUGCUGUCUUUAGAGUUUGGUUUAUUAAAACAGGAAUGAAAUGGAUAAACUCACUACAGGCUUGUUUAGACUCCGUUCAGACUCUCUGUCCAACAGAGACACAACAGACCUAAGCCUAUUUUUUGUACAAGGUCAAUAUAGUAUCGGAGAAAGAAAGAGAAAAUUGCUAGGGCAGGAGAUUUAAUAUCUACUCUGCAAAAAUGUGUGGAUUAGCCAGUUGUAUAGAAAGUUUGCAAGAAGGUUUUGUGCAUAACUAAUUUAAAGAAAAAUCUCUUUAGAGAGUUGGUGUACAUAUUGAGCAUUCAUUAACAUCGUUUGGAGGGUUUGUUGUGCUAUAUAUCUGAAUAGGCCUUUCAUGUAAGUUCACAUGCCCUGCUUUAGAAAUUGAAAGGUAGUGAGUAUGAGUGUGAAGCUAGGACAUCAUCAUUAAAUCCAUUGUGGAGAGAUCCUGAUGUCUGUUCAUAGUGAAAUUAAUGUUAAAGAUGCAAUAAAAACAUUUUUGGGUAAAAAUUAGGAGGAACCUUGAAUUGGAGAGUACUUAAAUACAGAAUAAACUCAUUUUUAGUGAUGAACAGAUGGUUUACCUAUUUCAUACUGAUUUUUUUUCCCGUCAAAUUUCACCCGUUAAUCUUCUCCAUCUGCCAAAUUACUUAAAGGGAAAAAUGUGUACUUGGAUAAUUGAAUAGAGUGAUCAUCUGAUAUUUUCAAUCAACAUGUGUACAUAGGAGAUUAUACAAAUGAUUCUUUUUUAUCGCCUAUUUAAAGACACCAUUACACUGUCCAUUUGAUGUGUAAUCUUGUGUGCGAAGAUGAUUGCAACAAGUGUAGGGAGUAGGUGCGUUCUAGGAUAAAUUUUCUGUGGUUAUGGUGUAUCUUUAAUCUACCUUGUUUUCUCCAUUUAGAUUUGUUACAGUUGUGAAUGCCUGACAUACAUUUAAUAGGUCAAAAUUACAUAGAUUGCAGCUUAAAAUAGAACUCUGACAAAUUUUCUAUUGCAGGGUUUCCAAAAUGUCCACUGCCCCUUGUUAAUAUUUAUUCAUUAACAGGAAAAGGCACAUGAAAUAUAUACCAUUUAUAAUUCAUAAGAGGCCAGCACAUACAAGUAUUCAAAUUCAUGUUUAAAAAUCUAAUUAAAUGAGAUGAAAUGCGGUUGUAUGUCAAAACUUUUCAAUUUGCAUAAUGCAUGCAUGUAUUGGGCUUAUGAUAAUACUUAAUGGGUGUAGCUAUUUCAUUGAUUUCGUAGAGUUUAAAUUGAUUUUAUAUUUUAUAAGACAAGAAGUAAUUCUGAGAGGGGUAUUCUAAAAUGCACCACAAAGAAUGUUCUCUUGCAUUUUCAAUGAUAUAUUGUGGCAUUCAUAGUACUUAUUCACUUUAUCAUCACAGAGUAGUUUAAAUGUUAAAGAUCUACCUUUUUUCUUUGUUUAGUAGUACAUGUUUGUAUCUUUACUAUUUAUAUUCAAAAUUUCAAAUAACAAGUUCAUCCGUGUCUAAAUCAAGUCUUGUGUUGUCUUGUGUAAGAAGCUUUUGCUAACUUGUCUUUCAUAUUGAUGUAGGAAAGAAAGAAGAGGGAAUAACUGGUCAAGAAAAUAAAUGUAUUAUACCGUCCACUGUCCUCUGUACUAUGAUUGACAUAUAUGUACCAUUAUUUACAUUUGUUUGUUUUAUAUUCAAAGCUAGUACUUGUCUUAUUUGUAUGUUGAUGUAUUGUGAAGAGGAUCUUUAGUUUUGUCCAUGGAUUGACCCAGUGCACUAUUGUGGUAGGGAAUGUGAAUUAGGGGAGAUAUGAUUUUAGCACUGGGGAGGGAAGGGGAAUGUAACAAUUAUGAAAUGUAAUAUAAAGUGAUGAUACUCUGGAUGAAUGAACAAGAUCUCGUAAAGUUAUAUCACACCGAGGUUUUUUUACCUGACUGCUAAGAAAGCACGAAUGCCUGUGAGCAAGCAACCAGGGGACCAACAGCUUAAGGUCCUCUCAGAGGGACCUGGUAAUGAGGAUAAAUGCCUUACCAAAGGGCACUAGCGCACCACUUGGGAAUCGAACACGGGUCACGGGAAUCCGAAACCCCUGCUCUACCGACUGAGCUAUCGCGCCUCACCUAAAUCAUCAUCCUCAUCCUUGUUGUCAUCAUUAUUGUCCCCACCACAACCACGACUUUAAUCAUGAUCAUCCUUGUCAUUGUAUAUUGAAAAGGUAUUUAUUUUAACGUAAUCAUCUCUCUUCUAUACACUUAAAGUAUUAAAGAAAUUUAAAAUAAGAAUAAAGGGAAGGUGGCAUAAGCCAUGAAAAAACAAUAUAAAGCACCAAAAAAUAGAUGAUGAAAACAAAUGGGUUGCUAUGUUUCAAUAGAGGAUUCAUGUAUAUGACUGUUACACUUCACAUGAAAUUUAAAAUGGCACUUCUAUGGACAAAGCUAUAGCAUCCUCUGAGAAUGUUUAUUUGUUGUUUGUAUUCAUGUAUUCCAUUCUAUUAUUCUAUGUGUACUAAUUGAUUGUAUCUCAAUUAAGUUGAAGCAAGGAAUGGCAAAGUGGUGGUUAUCACUGUAGGUGAGUGCAGAUGGUAUAGAGAUUUCUGCCUCUGCUAUUUCAUUUUCAGAUCACAAGGUAGGAUUAGUGUUUGGUGUGUACAGGAUAUUUCAUUCUCACUUAUUUUUAGGAUUAUAUAUAUCUACUUAAACAUGGGAGGAUCAUGCAAUUUAAGAGUAUUGGAUGUCUUAAGAGCUUGUUCAUUCUAAGCUAGGUAUAGUUGUGCAAAAUGAAGGCCAACUGUUCACAACAAAAUCAUUUCUAUCUUCACUUAUCUCUGUGUUAUAACAGAUAUUUGAUGCGUGGUAUAUACUAUCAUAAGGUCUGUAGUAUAUGUCCUGGUGUCUGAGCAAGUGUCACAAGUUUCACUAAUUUUUAAUGAGAACGUGCACAUCAAUAUAGUGGUGGAUCGAGCCGGGUUGGAAAUAAUACCAAUUCAAGGGCCAUAUUGUUUAUUCACAGUGGUGGGUCCAUCCAAAGUAUUUUGUCUAAUUUGGCGGAAUCUGCCCCUGCAACAUCAAUUCAACUUUUGUCACAUGUAAAUAUAUUGUAUUCUAACAAGCCUUGUGUCACAUCACACAGUUUACAAUGUAUUCUCAUCCUGGUAUGGAACAAUGAACAAUAUUCAUGCCCCUGUGAUGUAGAUCAUCACAUGUAGAUCAUUAAAGGGUAUCGAUUUCAUGUUAACACCAAAUAGUCUUGUAAGAAAAAAAAAUGUUUUCCUAAUCAGGCUAGGGUAUUGUCAUGUGUUUUUGAAUUCUGGAUAUAAUUCAUAGUCAUAUGUAAUAGCAUUCAUCUAAAUUGCUAAUUUCAUUAUGUAACUGGUCAGCAAUCAUUUUCACAAUUACUUUUACAGUCUCAAUGAAGGUCUUUAUCUUUAUAAAAGGCGUUGAUGUAUGUGAGAGCUCCAUAAUCUUAACAUUUGUGUCAAUUCAACUAAUUUUUGUAAGCUAUUGAUUCUGAGAAAUCUUGUCUAUUUUUAUGAUAAACUGUAUUCUCAUGUCAAUCACAUAGUUGCUUUGAAUUUCUUAUAGUGAUGAAGCAUGAAGAUUUAUAACAGCACAGAGACUUGUCUUUUAAAGGAUAAAUGAUGCAUUUUCAUAGCACAAAUGUCAAGUGAUGUAUGUUUCAGUUUAGAGUAGUAAAAGUAUUGGUUUUAUAAUAAAUGACACCCAAUAUUUAUUUUCACACUCAUUGGUAGGCGUAUUUGUGUUUAUUUGACACAACAAGCACCUUGUGUUUGGUAUUGCCCCAUACUUGAUUAAUCCUUGGAAAGUAUAUGCUUUGUAAACACUUCAUAGACCCUUGCACACGAACACCUUAUCACUGUUAGCACCCAAUCAUAAUACUACCACAUGUGGGGGAAUUAUAAGUUUAGUGUGUAGAUGUGGUGUUGCUCUCACAAUUUCCAUUUCCAUUAUGAAAGCUUGAAAUAUUUAGACUGGCUGUCCUUGAAUUUUGUUUUACAAUGUACAUAUAUGUAACAGAUGAACCUUGCGUUUUGUUUCAAUGAUUUGUCUUUGUUGCAAGGACUACUUUAAUCUGUUGAAAAAUAGCUAAUUCAAGUGCCUAAAAAUGCUUUAUGUGACCAGUAAUCUAUUUGCAUCUCCUUGCAGAUCUAGUAAUUCUCCAUUUAUUUAUGUCACAAGGGAAAACUUGUUUUUAUUUAGGGGAAAUUCUACUGUUGGGCGGUAUCAAUCCCGCAAGAGAAAAUAUACUAUCACAGUGAGAUUGUUACCAAAUGAACAGUUGAAGAUGAGCAGCAAAACAGCAUAUUUGAAAUACUUGUGACAUUAGGCUUACCAACAAAUUCAAAUUUAAGAAGAAAGAUGAAAGUCACUUUGCUCAACCUUUUUUUAAUAUUCUCUCAUUCCUGUAAAAUCCUAUCUAUGUGAUAAAAUGCUGUCAAUGCUAUAUGCAGAGUUUAUUAGGAUAGUAAAGAGUUGUAAUAUAUGAAGCCUCACAAUCACCAUGUAUUCUAUAGGGUUGAAUGUAGACAGAAAAUGCAGAGAAAUUAAUUUAGAAUGUAUAGAUAUAUGAUUCUGCUUAGAAAAUGAUCUACUUAUUUGAGUUUUUAAAUCACCUUGAUGAGCAUAUGUGUGCAUUAAUAUUUCCUGCAUGUUAACCACAAGCCAUGAAUUUAUGUUGAAUUGUA